GCUCCAUGCUCUGCUUAUAAACCCCUGGUUGCUCUCCUUCUCCUGAUUUUCAGCAGGAAACCAGUCACUUUGGUCUGCCGGCCUGUGAAAAGAGAGGAGAAUCUUUUGGACAUCAUGGAUGAUGACUUUGAUCGCCGCAUGGAGCAGAGGAGGCAGAGGAGAGAGCAGAUGCGCCUCGAUACUGAAAAGGGCGGGAUCGCCAAUGAUGACGAUGAGGAAGAAGCUCGGGAGCGAAGGAGACGAGCAAGGGAGGAGAGGAAGAAGAUGAAGGACCCGGAGGAUUGUGAAACUGGGGAUGUGAUCAACACUAACAGUGUGACAGAGACUGAAUCCUCCACCACCACCACCACCACUGCUCCUGAGGGGACAGAUGAUGACGAGGCUUUGCUGGAGCGCCUUGCCAAGAGGGAGGAGCGCAGGAAGAGGAGAAUGCAGGAGGCCAUGGAAAGACAGAAGGAACUCGACCCCACCAUUGGCACCACCAACGGCACAGAUAGCACACUCGAAGAGCAGUCCUCCAUCAGCAGCAGCAGACAGCAACACACAGAGGAAGAGGAGCAAAAAGAGGAGGAGAAACCAUCCCAAGAGGAGGUGGCAGAUGCCGAGACUAACUCCUGGAGGAAAGAGGAAGAAGACAAGAAGGAGGAGGAGAAGGAGGAAGCUGAGCAGCCUGAUUUAGCAAAGAAAGAUGUGGAAGAGGAGGCUGUUCCUGAUGUUGAUAAGGAGGAAGAAGAAAGGAAAAGGAAAGAAGAAGAGGAGAUACAGCAGAAAGAAAAGGAAGAAAAGCUGAGGACAGAGGAAGAGGAAAGGCAAAAACAGGAAAAGCUCAAAAAGGAAGAAGAAGAAAGGCAGCUAAAGGAGGAGGAGGAAAGAAAGAAGAGAGCAGAAGAUGAAAAACGACAAAAGGAAUUGGAAGAGAGCCUGAGAAAAGAGGAAGAAGAAAAACAGAAGAGGGGAAUGGAUGAAAGCAAGAAAAAAGAAGAAGAGGAAAAACAGAAAAAGGAGAUGGAGGAAAAGAAGAAGAAAGAAGAGGAGGAAAAACACAAGAAAGAAUUGGAAGAGAAGAGGAAAAAGGAGGAGGAUGAAAAGCUGAAGAAGAAAGAGCUGGAGGAGAAGAAGAAGAAAGAGGAGGAGGAGAAACGGAAAAAGGAGAUGGAAGAAAAGAAGAAAGAAGAGGAGGAGAAGCGGAAAAAGGAGGUUGAAGAGAAGAAAAAGAAAGAGGAGGAGGACAAGCGCAAAAAGAAAGAGGUGGAAGAGAAGAAGAAGAAAGACGAGGAGGAGAAGCUGAAGAAAUUUGGGUUCAAAGAAAAGAAUGAACCAAACCAAACCAAACAGAACGGAGCCCUCAUUGAGAAUAAACUCAAGAAAACAGAGAAGACAUCAAGGGACAGCGCUCCCUCCUCCUCCCUCUCUAAAGCAGAGGUGGAGCGACAGGAAGCUGAGCGUAAGUUGCUGGAGCUGAAACGCCGGCGAAACGAUGCAGAAAGCGAAGAAUUUGAAAAGAUGAAGCAGAAGCAGCAGGGUGCGGAGGCUGAGCUGGAGGAGCUGAAGAAGAAGAGAGAGGAGAGGAAGAAGAUCCUAGAGGAGGAGGAGAAGCAGAAGAAACAGGAGCUGGAGGACAAGAAAGCCAAAGAACAGGAGGAGAGGAAGAGGAUGAAGGAGGAGAUAGAGAAGAGGAGGGCGGAGGCGGCAGAGAAGAAGAAGCAGAAGGAGGACGAGUCUGUCAAAAUUAGCUUCACUGUCAGUCCCAAGGGCUCCUCUAAGAUCGGGGAAAAAGCAGAAUUCUUGAGCAAAUCAGCUCAGAAAAGCACACCCAGAGUGUCACAUACUCCAAUUGUCUCCAAGAUAGGCAACAGAAUGGAACAGUACACUUCUGCCAUCCAGGGAAACAAAGAAGUGGGCAAGUCCCCCAAGUCUCCCAUGGUAGAUAUUCCAACAGGAGGCACUCGCAGCAUCAAGAGCAUGUGGGAGAAAGGCAACGUUGGCAGCUCCUCUGAAAGUCCAUCCCCUGCAAAUAAGGACUUGGCCGGUAUCAAAGGAGGCGUUGCUGGACGUGUCAACAGUUGGAUGGCAAAGCCUCCAGAGGCGGAGAAGACAACACCGGCACCAGCAGCACCAGCAGCAUCAACAGCAAAGCCCGCAGAUGUGAAACCAGGUGACGUUGGUAACAAGCGUGGCAUGUGGCAAACCAAGAAGAGCUCUACACCUGCCAAGGUGCCAGUUGAAGUCAAGAGCAAGUUCGUCACUAAUGCAGGCGUGAGACCCUAACCAUUGACAUCCAAGCUUAACCUGACCAAAUACAAGACUCUGCUACUGUAUGUGCAUCUAUUUCCCCCCUGACAUACCUGUAUUUUGCAUGAAAUUCCCACCAGAACGAAGAGAAG